AAGUAAAAGAGGAAGCAAAGUAGAAUAUUAUAAAAACUCAUAAGCUAAGCUAAGCUAAGGUAUUGGGGUCAAUCAGAAAAUGGGGGCCGCAGAAUUUCUUCCCAAAGAGUACGGUUAUGUAGUUAUUGUUCUUGUUGCGUACUGCUUUCUCAAUUUCUGGAUGGGUUUUCAAGUCGGCAAAGCCCGUAAGACGUAUAAGGUGCCGUAUCCAACUCUUUAUGCCUCAGAAUCCGAUAACAAAGAGGCAAAGCUGUUCAAUUGUGUUCAGAGAGGGCACCAGAACUCUCUGGAAUGGAUGCCUGUGUAUUUUAUGGUGAUGAUAUUGGGUGGAAUGAAGCAUCCUUGCGUGUGCGCUGCUCUCGGAUCUGUCUACAUCGUCACCCGCUUCUUCUACUUCAAAGGCUACGCCACCGGUGACCCUCAGAACCGCCUGAAGCUCGGCAAAUACGGAUUCUUGGCGCUGUUUGGGCUUAUCGUCUGCACAAUUUCAUUUGGGGUCACUCUUGUGCUUUCCUAACUCAUCCGAUCAGAUCAGACUCGGAUUAUAGUUAUCUUCUCAGCCUUGUCAUUGUUAUUGUUGUCUUUUUUGUUUUAAUAGUUGUUUUUACAACAUGUUUGUUUGGGUCAUCACAGUAAGCAAUAAGAACGAAGAGUAGUUUUUCAUCUGCA